AUGGACUCAAGAAAAAGAAAGCAGAGGCAAGACGAGUCAGAUUCUGAUUCAGAAUCUGAAUCUGAACCAAGUGAUGAGAGCGAAGAAUCAUCGCCUGCGGAGAAGGAGAAGAAAAAGAAAGAAACAAAAACAACUCCAAAAAAUGAGAGAUAUGAAAUAUCAAGUGACGAACUCGAUGAAUGGCUAAGGAAAAACGUUGAUAAAUCUGCUGCAGAGGGGGAGAACCAAGCUGACCUGCGAUCGACAGAAGGUCGCUAUGUGUCCUCUGAAACACUACCGGCUGUGAACUUGGGAAGUGAUGAUCCUUCCUCUCAAGGACGCACAGAACAGAGUAGUGUAAACCAGCCGUCUCAGAGCAUGUUGACUCCGACUGAUUCGAAUAUGAUGGUUGUUAGGGAACAAACACCGUCGGAAGCGCUUGCAAUAGUCCCGAUCCAGUUUUUUGUGCCGGCAUCCCAACAAACAACCACUGACGCAGAUUUCGAACCAACCCCUAUGCUACAGAUUGAAGGGGCUAGAGAAACCACUUCUGAAACCCCCAAACAACUUCAAGAAACCCCCAAACAACUUCAAGAAACAACACCCAAGCUUCCCCCAGCUCCAACAAAAAUUCAUCCAGACGCAGAGGACGCUGCUGCCCUGUUGAUGAUGGCACGGACAGCAACCUAUGUUCCUAAAACAGAUCCGGGGAUGCCAUCAUUCAGCCUCGGAUUGACAGAUUCAAGCCAGGAGGGGGCGUCAACGCAGGAGACAGAAAGGGAAAAAUCUCCAGAAACUGCAACUAUUGCGGCAAAGGGAAAAGACGAAAGUCCACAAAUUCAGAGUGAGACUGGGGGAGAAAGUUCUGCAAAGUUUGAAACUCCUGGGGGAAUAAAUCAAAUUCCGGAUGAUAUGAAACAAAAGUGCUACAUCUGGGAGACGAGACUGAAGGAAGAUGCAAAAGGCGAUACUGACGAGUUUGAGGAGAUAUGCACUCUGAUUGGCCAAGGAGAAUACAUUUUGAUGAGAAUGCACCUUGCAUCCCUCCAGGCAAAAAGUGAUAUAGAAUCUCAGGUAAUUUUAGUCUAA